UCGACAACAAGGGAUGUUUUUUGAAGAAAGAUCUGCAUGCUUUUGGAGAUGUGCAAAAGCGGAGAAACUAUUUUUAAGGCCAUGGUUACUUAAAACGAAUAUACACCGAGAAUUUCUCCAAACUUACCAAAAGCCAUCUUCUACGCUUUGGAUGCACCAAAAUAUAGGUAAUCCCGUAGGGAAAAAAAUACGAGAGAUGACUCGUUCUACAUCUUUUUUGAAAACUAGAUCUAGCCCCAGAAAAGCAGCAAUGACACUGACUCCACGUGCAGUAGAAAGACUUAAAGAGCUUUUGAAUCAACCAGAGCCAAAAAUGAUAAGAAUAGGCACAAAACAGAAAGGAUGCGCAGGUUUGUCAUAUUUACUCGAAUAUGUAGAUGAGCCGGGAAAAUUUGAUGAGACAAUAAUCCAAGAUGGAGUAGCCAUUCUUAUUGAUAAUCGUGCAUUAUUUACCAUUAUUGGUAGCAAAAUGGAUUGGAUUCAAGAUAAACUUGCAGCGCGAUUUGUAUUCGAUAAUCCUAAUGCAACUAGCACAUGUGGAUGCCAAGGAAGUUUUUCAAUCAACUAA